AUGGCACCAAAAAAAAGGAUGCUCUCGUUAAAGGAAAAGUUGGAAGUUGUUAACGUAUUAGACAGAGAAAGUAUUUCAGUUCGUCAUUUGACAGAGAGGUUUAAUAUUGAGAAAACGCAAGCAGCUGAAAUUGCCAAAAAUAAAGAAGAUAUCAGGAGUAAAUGGCAAUCAGAAACUAAUAUAAAUCAAAAGAAGGAUUUUUUAAAAAAGGAAGGUUUUGCUAUAGACAAAACAUGUUUUGAGUGGUUUGUGAAAGCUAGAAGUCAGAACAUUCCAAUCUCAGGGCCGUUAGUGAAAAUGAAAGCUAAAGAAAUCGCCAUUACUUUGGGCUAUAAUAAUUUCAGUGCGUCCGACCGGUGGCUGCAAAAGUGCGGCGCAAGAGACAUAGUGUGA